AUUAAUACUCCCAGUAUUGGUGCUAGCCUUUCGUCUCGCUAGAGACGGGGUGCUGUUGUAUCCCAUAGCACAGGUCUCCUGCCCAUAUAAGGGGCUGCUCUGAUUGUCUUCUGGCUUGGAGCCAAAAUUCUUCACCCGAGUGGCACAAAUGAAGAGGAGAGCAGCAUGUGCCUCCUCCCCCCACCGUCUCAGGGUAGCUGAGUUACCCAGAGACAUGCACCCCUCCAUCGCAAGCCAAGCAGCACGCAGCCCACCUAGAAGACCGGUCUGAGCAUGCACCACUCCACCUCAGGCCUACGUUGAUGCAGUCCAUCUAGGAGACAGGUCCAACCAUGCAAUGCUCUACCUCAAGCACACAGCAGUGCAGUCCACCUAGGGGACAGGUUCCAGCAUGCAGUGGUCCACUUCAGGCUCACAGUAAUGCAGUCCAUGUAGAGGAUAGGUCCCACCUCCAGCACUGCAUUUCAAUCUCAGCAGGUGCAGCCUACCUAAGAGACCUAUGUCAGGUACCAGCUAGGUCUGCCUAAGGUAGCAAAUUGAAAACCUAUGAUUUCCACCAUAGCUACUCUCCUCUUUCGAGGCCAAAGUUCUUUCAUCAUAAGACAAAAAACAACGCUCCAGAACCAAAACCUUGUUUCUUUUCAGUGCCCCUUUUGCAGCUGCAGCACUAAAAGGCUUGAGGCUUUGGAUAGAUAUUUAAAGUUGAGAUUUUUUUCCUCUUACAAAAUACCUAAACUAAACAAGAUGUUAUAGUUGAAAAUUUACAUCUUUAUCAUGGAAAUGGUUAAGCAUAAACCUGACUAUUCACACACACACAGGUAUGUGUUUAAGUAUUUUUAGGAUAAGGAUCUAAAAUGUUAAAAAGUCAGUAGAUUCUUAAUUACAUUAGCUUUAUCUCAGGAUCCAUAGAUCUCUAACCACUCAUCACCUGUGCUGGAGAAUGCUCCUUAUUCCCCUUCUUGACACAUUUAUUUGCUUGAUUUACAUCAAAUUAUAUUUAACUAAAUAAUUCAUGAUCUACCAAUCUGCCACUUCUGGCAUUGGAUAAGGCCAUAGGUGUCUCCAGCUCAUGAGAGAGUAAACAGCAGCGGGGCAGGAGUAUGGAAGACAGUUUUCUAAGCCAUGGAGGGAAGCGAAGUGCUGAUGACUUGGUACGUUCUCUUUUCUCAUUUAUAACUGAGGAUAUUUUACCAAUUAAGGGUUUGUUUUUAUCCGGGCUACAGUGAUGGAUUCAAAUGUCAGUUAAUAAAAUACUCUUACUAUUUUAAAAACUUGUGUCAUACUACAAUGAGCACAGCAUUGUCAAUGGCAUAGAAAUCUACAGCAUGAAAAUUGACAGCAAAGUGACUUCCCGAUUUGCCCACAAUGUCAUCACUAGCAGAGCUGUCAAUCGUGCCAAUGUGUCUAAGGAAGUGGUUUUUGAUGUGGAUCUCCCUAAGACAGCCUUCAUUACCAAUUUCAGCAUGACAAUUGAUGGUGUUACCUAUCCUGGGACUAUAAAAGAAAAAGAAGUUGCAAAAAAGCAAUAUGAGAAGGCUGUUUCACAGGGACAGACUGCAGGUCUCGUCCGGGCUUCUGGGAGAAAAACUGAAAAGUUCACUGUUUCAGUCAACAUUGCAGCAGCCAGCAAAGUCACUUUUGAGCUCACCUAUGAGGAACUGUUGAAGAGAAACUCUGGAAAAUAUGAGAUGCUCAUUAAAGUAAAACCAAAGCAGCUCAUCAAUCACUUUGAGAUCCAAGUAAACAUCUUUGAACCCCAAGGUAUCAGUGAGCUGGAAGCACAAGGAUCAUUCAUCACCAAUGACCUGUCACAAGUUAUUAAAAAAUCUUUCUCAGGAAAAAAGGGCCAUGUGUCUUUCAAGCCAACUAUUGAUCAACAGCGAACCUGUGCAAAUUGUUCAACAUCACUGUUGGAUGGAGAUUUUACAAUAAAGUAUGAUGUGAAGAGAGACAGGCCAGGUGAUUUACAGAUUGUCAAUGGAUACUUUGUACACUUUUUUGCACCAACAAAUCUUCCAAAGUUUCCAAAAAACGUGGUUUUUGUAAUAGACAUUAGUGGCUCAAUGUCUGGAAUAGGAAUACAACAGACAAGGGAAGCACUUCUUAAAAUAUUAGAGGAUAUUAGGGAAGAUGACUACUUUAAUUUCAUACUGUUUGGUUCUGAUGUACAUGUUUGGAAAGACACAUUAGUGAAAGCCACUGCUGAGAAUCUGAAGAAUGCAAAGGAGUUCGUUCGAGCUAUUAACACUCAAGGCAUGACAAACCUACAUGGUGGUUUAAUGAAGGGAAUUGAAAUGCUGACUACAGCUUUUGAAACAAAUUCUGUGCCCAAGAGAAGUGCAUCUAUAAUUAUCAUGUUAACGGAUGGUCAACCCAAUGAAGGUGUAUCAGACCGUCAGGAAAUUCAAGUGACUGUAAAAAAAGCCAUUCAAGGAAGAUUCCCCUUAUAUAACCUAGCUUUUGGCUAUGGUGUUGACUAUAAUUUUCUAGAAAAGAUGGCACUAGAGAAUAAAGGGUUGGCUCGUCGCAUCUAUCCACAUUCUGAUUCAGCCAUACAAAUGGAGGGUUUUUAUGAGGAAGUAGCCAAUCCCAUGCUUACAGAAGUGGAGUUAAACUACCCUGAAAAUGCAAUAUCUGACUUAACUCAAAACAACUUUAAGCACUACUAUGAUGGCUCUGAAAUCGUAGUGGCUGGACGAAUUACAGAUAAUGACCUGAACAGUUUGACUGCAGAUGUGAAAGCUCAAGGUGCAGAAAAUGAUGUGACAUUUAGUGAACAAGCAGAUGUUGAAGAAACGGCAAAAGCUCUCCAAGAACAGGAGUACAUAUUUGGGGAUUACAUUGAGAGGCUUUGGGCUUAUCUCACCAUCCAACAAUUACUGGAUAAACGCACUGUAGCUCAGGGAGAAGAAAAGGAAAAUCUUACCACUGAAGCCCUGGAGCUCUCUCUGAAAUACAAGUUUGUGACACCUUUGACAUCCAUGGUGGUUACGAAGCCAGAAGAUAAUGAAGAUAAAGCUGCAAUUGCUGAUAAACCAGUAGAAGCUGAAGGCCAGAUUCAUGCAAGGGCUGUCCCAGGCACUCAAUCAUAUCCAACACAUUCUUAUCUGUACUCUAGCCCUCCAAUCCCCUCCCUAUAUACUAGUGUUGAUGGAGAUCCACACUUCAUUAUAUCAGUGCCACAAAAAGAAGAUGCCAUUUGUUUCAAUAUCAAUGAAGAGACGGGUGCAGUGUUAAAUUUAAUAAAUGACCCAGUUACAGGCAUCAGAGUCAAUGGGCAGCUUAUUGGAGAUAAGAGAGUGAGCAGUGAUGCAAAGAUCCAAAACACAUAUUUUGGAAAGCUUGGGAUUGAAAAUAAGAAGCUGGAAUUAAAACUAGAAGUAACUCCUGAGAAAAUAACCCUUCAGAAGGGCAGAAAGAAGACAGUUUUCACCUGGCUUGAUACAGUCACCCUGCAACAAGAAGGUCUAACUGUGAUAAUCAACAGGAAAAAAAAUCUAGUGCUUUCAAUGGGAGAUGGCGCAUCAUUUGUUAUUGUUUUGCACCAAGUGUGGAAGAAGCAUCCUCUACAUCAGGACUUCCUAGGAUUGUAUACGCUGGAUAGUCACAAGCUGUCUGAACGUACCCAUGGCUUAUUAGGGCAAUUUUUUCACCACAUUGAUUUUAAUAUACUUGAAAUCCAUCCUGGGUCUGAUCCCAAGAAACCAGAUGCUACAAUCGUGAUCAAAAACAAUAAACUGACAGUAACUAGGGGCUGGCAGAAAGAUUACAGAAAAGAUCCCAAGCAUGGCAUUGAUAUCCCUUGCUGGUUUGUUCAUAACAAUGGAGCAGGGCUGAUUGAUGGAGUUCACACAGACUAUAUUGUUUCCAAAAUAUUUGGCACAACUGUAAAUUAAUCCUCAGAUGUGUGUUUAGAGACCAUUUUUCUGAAUGAGUUAUGCUUUCUAAUAAUCAGCUAUUAAAUUAUAGUUAAGCUUACCUAUCUAUCCUGAUUGCAUUGAGCUGAGAGGGACCUUGAAAGGCCAUUGAGUCCAGUCCCCUGCCUUCACUAGCAGGACCAAGUACUGUCCUUCACAGAUUUUUGCCCCAGAUCC